AUGGACUCGUCUAGUGGACAGUGUAAUCAGGAGACUGACACAUCCCUGUACAACGAGGAGGAUAGUUUAGAUCCUAGAAUUCAACUGGAACUUGAAAAAUUGAAUUCAUCCACAGACAAUAUAAACAAACUUGAAAUUGAAUUAGAUGAAGCAAAUACAACAUUUAGAAUGUUGAUGGCUGAAGCUUCUAGGAGAUUGAAGGUACGAGCCCGCAAACUAGGUUCAUGUAUCGAUAAAGCUCGACCAUUUUAUGAUGCACUUAAUAUGUCAAAACAUUCUCAGCAACAAUGUCAAAUUGCAGCUGUAAAAUACCAAAGAGCUAAUGAAAUUCAUCAAGCUGCUAAAGAAACUGUGGCAUUAGCUGAGGCGCGGUUUCUUAGUAAACAACAUGAAUGGAAAUUUGAUAGUGCGUGGCAAGAAAUGUUAAAUAAUGCUAUUCUAAAGGUAACAGAAGCAGAAAAUCAAAAGACUGAAAGUGGACGCGAGCAUCAAAGAAAAGCUGCUCUCUACCAAGCUGCUGAACAAAAGGUUCAAAUGUUGGAGCAAAAGUUUAAACGUAGCAUUAUUAAGUCUCGUCCAUAUUUUGAAGAAAAAUAUUUAUGUGAAGGUCAAUUAGCAGCACAAAAGGAUACUAUUAUUCAAAUCCGAUAUGCUGUGCAACGAGCUAAACAAGAAUAUUCUGCGUGUUUGCACAGGCUUGAACAGAUCUCUGAAGAAAUUCAUGUUCAACGACAAAACAACAAACUUAUGGAAUGUUCGUUGCAAGGUCCACGAGAACCUGGUGUUGGUGCAGAAGUUUCUCCUAUGGUCAACAGCUGGCAAGAGCUAGAUAACAAAAAGGAUGCCAAUGGCAUGGAAGAUAUCAAUUUAGAUUGGAAUUUGGAUAAAUGUGAUUCAAGAAGCCUAGGUAGUCUAUCAAUGGAUACUAGUUCUAUUUUGAGUGAUGCAGAUGACUUGGAUUUCGAUGAUGAUACCCAAGUGACAAUGGAACUGGAACAACUACGUCAAAAAGUACGUGAUCUUGCCACUAAACCGUUAAUGAUGGAGAGUAAAAGAACUGAAGAGGUUGAAGGCGUGGAAGAUCGCAAAGGUUGGGAAAGUGAGUUAAAUGCUACCGUUGACAAAUUGGAUCGAAUGAUGUUGAAACAGGAGUGUGAGAAAUCCCAACAGCAAUCACCCGUUUAG